AAAGAUAAAAUAAAUCAGUUAUUAGAAAUGAGUUAUUAAAACUAUUUUGUUUAGAAAUGUGCUGACAAAAUCUACUCUCUAGAAAUUGGGGGGUAAACAAGGGAGCAAAUAAUUCGGGGGACAAAUAUUCUGACUUUAACUGUACGUCACUAAAUAUUUUGACUGCAGUUUCUUUAAGAAAACCAGGAAGUGAACAACUUCAAAUCGAAAGUGAUUCUUAUCAGACACAUUAGCAGCGCGUAGAAGUAGGUUCGCUAGUAAAGUUUAAUAUACACGUGUCUGUAGUAUCAUACGAGUCCACAAUUUAUGCUAAUAGAAAACAGUUUAUGGAAAAAUCAUCAAAAAUGCACUAGUUACCCAACCGGGUUAGCGUCGAUUUCCGGAAUUUUAUGCGAACUAAGCUUGAUCGACAGAAGAGGGCAGAAACACUGCUAAAGACAUAAACAACAAACACGGGGUAAUCAUCAUUUUUGUGACAAACGAAGAUUAAAUAGCAAAACAUGGACGACGACGUGGACAUGGCGUCAGACAACAGUCUGCCAUUAGGAAUCGGGGCUUCCGCAUUCGGAAGUGAAAAUGGGGAUGAAGAGGACGUCCUUCCUGAGAGGACACUUCCAUUCUCUCUGGGAUACUCCGAUCCUGUGGGACAAUAUGUGGAGAGAGCAGAGUCGCCUGCAUCCAGUUACAACUCCAUGGAAAGUAACAGCUGGUCAGAAACAAGAGAAGAGCAUGGACCGACUCGCACACAGGUUCAGCUAUACAGACGGGACUCAUCUGCUUCUAGCAGUGAUUCCUUUAUUAGUGAUGAUGAAGACUUGAAUAUGGAGGAUGAAGCUGGAGAAAGUGUACGGAAAAAGAGCAAGAGGGAAGCAACUGUGAAACAACAAAAUCAACCUCCUCCUGUUAAACCAGAGUUGGAAGUGGAUCCGAAUGAGAAGAGGCAUCCUGCAAUGACUGUGGCAUUCGCUUUCAAUGCCCUCACAAUCUGCCUAAAGAAACUGGCACAGGACGAAUUAAAGGUCUUCAAGAAACUCCUGUGGGACCGAUAUCCAGAACGCUUCCGUGAUCCCUUGGACGGACUUGAUAUUGUGGAUCUAGUGGAUAAGAUGCUGGAGCUCUGUGAUAUUGAGGUGUCUAUGAAGAUCACGCUGGCAAUCCUUCAUUUUUUGAACUUAAAGAAGCUGUCUGAAUAUCUGCAAGGGCUUUGCAAAAGAAACGAAGUGCGCUACGAGUUGAAAUUGUCACUUAAGAGGAAGUAUGAGAUGGUAUACGAAGGGUUAAGUCAACAAGGACAACCAGUGCCCUUUGAGUCGGUCUAUACAGAUCUUUACAUCACAGAUGGCAUCAAUGCAUCAGUGAACAGCGAGCACGAGUUCAGAUCUAAGAUAGAACAGCUCGAAGAGACGGGCAAAGUCAACCGAACACCAAUAGCAAGAGAGGAAAUCUUUCCCCUUGGUAAUGAGAGGUCAAGGCAUGUCAGGUCAUUGUUAACCAGAGGAGUCCCAGGAUGUGGUAAAUCGUUUGCUGUGCAGCGCUUCAUCCUCGACUGGGUGGAUGGGAAAGUCAACGAAAAUAUUUACUUUGUCCUUCCUCUGCCAUUCAAGGAGCUGAAUCAGAUGCUAGAAGGAGAGUACACCCUCCUUACUCUAGUCAGCACAUUUUAUCCAGAGAUGAAGGAAAUAGACACUCUAGAUUUCGAAGGCUGUCCUGUACUAUUCAUAUGUGACGGACUGGAUGACACUCAAAUCCUCUUUAAUUUCCGGAGAACAGUAUAUUGCUGUGAUCUGACCAAGCCUGUGAAUGUGCAAGUGUUGAUGACCAAUCUCAUCAGAGGGAACCUGCUGUAUAGCGCCAGCGUAUGGGUCACUUCUAGAGCAGGAUCUCUAGAUGUGAUCCCGCCAGAACACGUCCACCAGCUCAUGGAGGUUCGUGGCUUCAAUAAUGAUCAGAAAGAGGCCUAUUUUAGAAAGACCAUCCCAGACGGAGAGCUUGCCGAGAAGGUGAUUGCUCACAUCAAGUCUUCAAAGACGCUGUUUAUUAUGUGCUACUCGCCGCUCUUCUGCUGGGUGGCAUCUAAAGUGCUUCAGCGUCAGUUGGUCAGAUCUUCAGCAGAGCUGCCCAAAACACUGACCGGUCUGUACACCACCAUGCUGCAUCUUCACACUAAAAUGUGUGAUCAGAAACUGCUGAACAACCCCAAUAAACACACCAGUGGUCUGACUUCUGAGAUUUUGCUCCUUAAGCUUGCAAAGCUGGCGUACGGGAUGCUUGAGAAGAACGUGUUUCAGAUUGAGAAAGAGCACUGGGAAGAGAUCGAGUUGCCGGAGUCGUACCCUGCCAUCGUCUGCACCGGCCUCUGCUCUGAGUAUUACAGAGAGAAGUACAUGAUUUACACAGAGAAGGUGAGCUGCUUCUCUCAUCCGACCAUUCAGGAGUACCUUGCGGCUCUUCAUGUUUUCUACUGCUACAGGAAACAUGGAAAGAACGUCCUUGAUCCGAGCAAGCUGAAGGUCUUAAAGGUUUCCUUGACAGACUUGCUUAAGAGCGCAGUUGACAAAGUUUUAAACACCAAGAAUAGCAACUAUGAUAUCUUUCUCCGCUUCUUGCUGGGUUUGUCUGUAGAGGCCAACCAGGAGGUGCUCAAGAGCCUCCUGCAGAUCUCCAGCAGCUCUAGCCAGCACGCACGCGAUGAGACCACUCGCUUCAUCUUGAAGAAAAUCAAAGAAGGACACUACGCGGAGAAACAUGAAACCCUUAUGCGCUGCAUUGAUGAACUUAACCCAUAACCGCAGCACUGAAGUGUUGAGUAAAAAGAGUCCCAUGAUGAACUUAAACCAAAUGAACCUAAAGCACGGCUCACACAGUCUGAUUUUUAAUAAUUCUACACGAUUGCCGCAUGACAGACUGCACAAAAAUGACUCCGAUGUUACACUCUAAGAUCUCAGUUCAGACUGAACAACAAUGCAGUAAUUUUGCAUACAGCAUGCCUCAAUAAUUAAAUUAAAAAAAGCACUGGUUUGAAGGUGUAACGUUCAUUCUGCACUCCUCUUGGUUGUUGCUUUGAUGCUUGUUGUAACUAAAGUCACACUACGUGAACGUAUCUCAAAUCUUCUAAAAAUGCUAGAACCUAAGGGAAAAUUUGAUCGCAUCUGUUAAGCGGCUGUCAGUAAACAUGUCAAACCAAUGAUCAAAGUCCACAGAUUUGAGUCUAGGAUUACAGGAAUCUUUUAGUAUUUCCUAAAUUUUACUAAGAUAACCAAAUCGUGGUUGAAAUCACAGUGUGAGCAGGGCUUAAGUUGUUAUACCAAAGGUGUGUGGUGGUAGAAAAAAUGAGCUAUGAAUGUUUUCAACCAUCCAAAAGUUCAUCUCCCAAAAGCGUUAGGGCUUUUCACACUGUACAUAAAUCGCUGUGAACACUGCUUUUAAUCAAGGGUGAAGAAGUGUUUUACACUUAUCAUUUAGAGGAUUACGAAACCUUUGUGUGGUGUAGGGUUGCUUUUGUUAUUGCUAAAGCUAUAAUAUGAUUAGAUGCUAAAGGGCCAACAGUUUACAGUCAUGGUUCUUUUUGGUCUGGGACCAUAGAUUUGUUCUAAACUUCACCACCUCACCAGAAAUUAUGUGAACUAAAGAAAGCACUGUUUCUUUUUUACCUUUAUAGUCUGUUAACUCCAUUCUACAAAAAAUAAAGUACAGUUAUAAUUUAUCAGCUUUAAUAUAUCAACCAAAUUAUUUAUCAGACUGUUUAUGUUAACAUUAAAAAUAACCAUUUAGCUGGGUUUAACAUCAUCUAGAAUGAACAAUUGAAGUCUGAAAAGACUUGCCAAUGACUUCAUAAUGCUUCAUUAAAGCCCAGGGGCCUCAUUUAUAAAACGUUGCCUUGAAACUAUUCUUUAUGUAAUAUAUAGCCACUUCACAAUAGUGCUUAUAAGUGAUUCAGAGAAAUGAAUGCAUGCACAAAAUACACAUGCUUCAGAUGUGAAAUUUUUGCAAAUGAUCUUGAAAUAGUGUACAGAAUGGUGUCAGGUUUCAGCCCUAAACAAUGCCACCAAUAAAUCUGUUAAUCAUAUGAAAGAGCAUCAGUCAUGUCCAAAGUCUUUACUCUUGAGAAUAGUGAGUGCCAAGGAUUGCUUAGUAAAAUGACGAAUUCUUUGCCACAAGGAAAAGUGUGUUCUUAUGUUCAGAACUAAGCAUGGGAUUAAUAUUUUCCAAUUCUGAAAGAUAAUGUGGAUUUAACGUACACGCACACUGUACGAUCAAUUCUGUGUAUAUAAACAUUUUAUAGCUCUUCGCUGUAUGACUAUAGUGGCAUUUUGGUGGAUUUAAAGAGAGAAUUUUGGUUUAAACACUAAGAAUAUUUUACCUGUUUAUUUGGGACUGCUGCGUGCUUGCAUUUGGAGAAUGUUACUGCAAACUUUUUUUUAAAUGUGGACAGUAUUAAAUGCUGUUAAAUUUAUUAUUCCAUAUGAAAGCCUAAACAUGCAUGAUAUAUUUGAUUUUUCUUUAUUAUGGUCACUUUUAUAUGGCUUUGGAAGGUGAGACUGCAGACAAAAACACUGUUUUUUAUUUCACUUUUGAGGUGUUUAAGGAAAUAAGAACUCGUUUGCAUAUUUCAACAUAACAUUUUAUAAAACAUAAAAUACAAAAAAAAAAAUUGUUUGCAAUUCCUAAUGUAAUCAAUCAAUUGUGGACGUAUGGUGAAUAAAUAAAAGCUAAUCUGUUUUA